CAGGAGAACUAUGAGAAUGUGACCUCGCUGGGGUUUCCAGUUUCCAAACUUGAUGUGAUCUCCCAGCUGAAACAAUGGGAAGAGCCGUUGGUCCCAGACCUCCAGUGUUCAGAGGAAAGAGAGAUCCUGAGAGUACUCUGCACAGGUGAUGCAAUGGCAUGUGAGAAAGAGGAGCAGAAUUCUCAGCAGGAAAAUGUUGAGCAAGUGGAUAGACACAGAGCAUUGUUGCAAAGAUUGGAAAGGAAUGUGUCCUGGAGUCAUGAGCAGAGAAAAUCCUGUGAGAUUCCGGGAAGACCAGAAAGAGAGCAGGGAAAGCAGCCAGGGGAGAAAGUGGGAAGAUUUAUUUCCUGUCAGGAAACUCAGAAGGACCUCAAGGAAACCACAACACAACAGGAAAUCCUCAUGGGAAAGAGAAACAAUACAUGCACUGAGUGUGGAAAAAACUUAUGCGAUUACUCCAGCCUUAUAAAGCAUCAGAGAAUCCACGCACGGGAGAGGCCCUAUGAAUGCUGUGCGUGUGGGAAAACCUUCAAACGCAGCUCAGCCCUUUCUGAACAUCAGAGAAUCCACACUGGGGAGAGGCCUUAUGAAUGCAGUCAGUGUGGGAAAAGCUUCACGAGCAGCUCAGGCCUUUCUAAACAUCAGAGAAUCCACACAGGAGAGAGGCCAUAUGAAUGCAGUGAGUGUGGAAAAACCUUCAAUUGCAGUUCGCACCUUAUUAGGCAUGAGAGAAUCCACACAGGGGAGAGGCCCUAUGAAUGUAGUGAGUGUGGAAAAUGCUCCACUAACGUCUCAGACCUUUCUAAACAUCAGAGAAUCCACACAGGAGAGAGGCUCUAUGAAUGCAGUGAGUGUAGGAAAAGCUUCACUGACAGCUCAGGCCUUUCUGAACAUCAGAGAAUCCACACAGGGAAGAGGCCCUAUGAAUGCAGUGAGUGUGGGAAAAUUUUCACUUACAGAUCAGGCCUUUUUCUCCAUCGGAGAAUCCACACAGGAGAGAGGCCCUAUGAAUGCAGUGAGUGUGGGAAAACCUUCAGUCGCCGUUCACACCUUAUUAGGCAUGAGAGAAUCCACACAGGGGAGAGGCCCUAUGAAUGCAGUGAGUGUGAGAAAAGCUUUACUAGCAGCUCAGCUUGA